AUGAACUGUCUCAAGAACAUGUGCAUUCUGAUCUUUGUAAUGCUGCUAAUAAGCGGCAAUGAGGUUAUGGCCGCACGCCUUCUUGUAGACACAGUGCUGCCGGAGGUUCCUGAGCUUCCGAAGCCAGAAGCACUGCCUCUUCCAACAGUCCCAAACUUGCCUAAACCUGAACUGACACUACCUAAGGUCGAACUUCCUCCUCUUCCUCACCUCCCAAGCGUACCAAAGCCUGAGUUACCUCUUUUGUCUAAACCCGAGUUUCCAAGUGUGCCCCACUUGGCGAAGCCCGAAUUGCCAACUCUGCCAAAGCCGGAGCUGCCAAAACUGCCCGAAUUGCCAACUCUGCCCCAUCUCCCAGAUCUGCCAAAGCCAACAUUGCCUACCAUCCCAAGCUUCCCAAAGGACAUACCCCACUCAACUACUACACCUUAA